CUCCCCUCAACUCUUAAAUAAACGCCCGCCUCCUGGCCUCCUCUCUCUGACCUUCCCUUUUCUGUCUCUCCAUUCUUCCCUUGCUUUUGCCAACCAGAAGCAUCGAGCCAUCCGGGCAUCUUCAACCCCCUCUGCUAGUCUGAUCCCUCCCCACCUCCAAACAGCAUCCCCGCACGCGUGCCGACUGCCGAGCAAGGCAGGGAGGCCAGCAGCUUAUUGAUCGCCGAUCAGCAGGGUGACGCACCGGCCGGCGAGACGCACGCGCGCGCGCGGGGGGGCGGUGGGACGGCAGAGAUGGCGGGGCGACCGCCGGUCUCCGAGCGGCGGCUCGUGGCGGUGCUGCCUCUGCUGCUGCUUCUCGCGGUGACCGCGGCGGCGGGCGAGCGGCGGGGCCUGGCGCGGGUGGAGGGCCCGCCGGCGCGGCACCGCCACGCGUACGCCGCGAUGAUGUACAUGGGCACGCCGCGGGACUACGAGUUCUACGUCGCCGUGCGGGUCAUGAUGCGCUCCCUCACCCGGGUACGCGCCGACGCCGACCGCGUCCUCAUCGCCUCCUCCGACGUGCCCCGCGACUGGGUCCGCGCAAUGACAGAGGAGGAUGGUAUGAGGGUGGUGAUAGUGGAGAACCUCAGGAAUCCUUAUGAGAGCAACCUAGGAGGGAUCAACAGGAGGUUCAAGCUGACACUGAACAAGCUUUACGCAUGGACUCUGGUCGACUAUGAGCGUGUCGUCAUGAUUGAUUCCGACAACAUCUUCCUCCAGAACACAGAUGAGCUAUUCCAAUGUGGGCAGUUCUGCGCUGUUUUCAUCAACCCAUGCUACUUCCACACUGGCCUUUUUGUGCUCCAGCCUUCUAUGGAUGUGUUCAAGGGCAUGCUUCAUGACCUUGAGGUAGGCCGUGAAAACUCUGAUGGUGCCGACCAAGGCUUUCUGGUUGGAUGCUACCCAGACUUGCUCGACAAACCAAUGUUUCACCCUCCUGAGAACGGCACAAAGCUCAACGGGACCUAUCGCCUUCCUCUCGGCUAUCAAAUGGAUGCAUCUUACUACUAUCUCAAGCUGCAUUGGCAUGUCCCGUGUGGGCCAAACAGUGUGAUCACAUUCCCCAGCGCCCCUUGGUUCAAACCUUGGUACUGGUGGUCCUGGCCAAUCUUGCCACUGGGCCUUUCCUGGCACAAGCAGCGCUGGGAUGAUCUUGGGUAUGCUGCUGAAAUGCCAGUGAUUCUGAUGGAGGUUUUAAUGUACAUAGUGAUCAUAGCAGUCACUAGAUUGGCAAGGCCAGGGAUGACAAAACUGUGCUAUAACCGGCGGCCUGAGAAGCAAAAUGCCCUGGUGCAGUGGCUGAUCAAGAUGGCUGUGAUUGUGGCUAUGGUGGCUGCAUAUUCCAUUCCUUUCUUUGUGAUCCCACGCACAGUUCACCCGAUCAUGGGCUGGUCCAUCUACCUAUUUGGCGCACUCGCCCUUUCAGUGGUCGUGAUCAAUGCUUUUCUGCUGCCGCCACUUGACGUUCUUACGACCUGGCUCGCGAUUGUUGGCAUGCUCUUCGUUAUGGCAUUCCCAUGGUAUCACGAUGGUAUUGUGAGGGUUCUGGCAAUCUUUGGGUACGCGUUCUGCUCUGCGCCAUUCUUGUGGGCAUCCCUGGUGAGGAUGAUGGACUCAGUGCAGACGAUGCUCGAGAGGGAUCCAUUAUUCCCCCGGCUUGGUGAACCAGCACAGGAGAUUGAAUUCAGCAAGCUUUACUGAUUCUUUUAUGCACAGAUUUCAGAUGCUUCAUCACCACAUGGACAGCUGAUUCAGAUCGGUUAAUUCUUGAUUCAUUCUGACAGUUUUCGCUCAGGCAUUCUAAUGUGUUGAUAGUAAUGUAUAGACAUUGCCUGCAGCAACCAUGAUUGAUGCAGAUUCAGGAAAGAUAGGUCAGCUGUACUGAAUUGAAAAAAAAAUAGCAUAUUUGCUGCAUGGAAUGGGUGUGGGGAUUGUUGCGAAGUACCUCGUGACUUGCUGAAUUGGAUGAUCCGAACUAUGCCUGAACAUAUUUUUUCCA